UUAUCAAGAGCUGACUGCUCGAAGCCCUGACCUGGGGAAGUUGAAGUGGUGGUGCGGGCUCCCACUUGCUGCCGGCUUCAAGGUCCAGCCCCGGGCACAUCCUCCAGCUAUUACCCCACUCGAGCUCCCUGUGUGGGGCCUUGGUGAGAACACGGGCUCUCAGUGAAGAAGCUUUCUCUCAUCAAUUUGCAAACCUUGGAGUCGAUUUAAAUAUUGGGGUCAAGAGGUGACGUGAUAGGUUGGGUGUUGACAUUAGAUAGUGACUUUUUAAACAACUGUUUUAACUUUCCAGAUUUGAUGGUGUGUAGCAUUGUGUUAUUGGCUGGUCAGCAAAAUGGAGUUUGCCAGUAGUCAUAUUUACAUUGAUAGUCCUGUCAAGACACGCCCGGUGCAGCAACCUGAUUUUUACAGAAACCACCCAAUGGGGACUUUAAGGAACACUGUUCUGAAUAAAAAGCCAUUGGCUCAUGUCUAUGACCCAUUGGUAGACUGCAACCCAACAUAUGAAGGAAAGGAACCUGGCAGUGCCUCUGUCGUUGACUCUGUGGAAAGUGAAGGACCCAUAUAUGACAAUUUGAACCCAGCAAUUGCUGUUGCCCCUGAUGACAAGCUGAGCUUUAGCCCAGACAUUGGACUCUGCGACCUGGCAUCUAGUUCUGCUCCAAGUGACAUCACAGCAGCAGAACCAUUCUAUGAUGUGGCAGAAGGUUCAAGCAAUUACUGUGGAGAUGGGAGGAGUUCUGGCUCUCAAACUACCCAGCACCUGGCCAAGCCUCUACACCCCAGGCAUCGCCUUGGUGACAAUGCCCAUGGCACACCCCCUCCACUUCCACCUCGACCAAGGAAUUUGAAAAAAGUGCCUGAUUAUGUGCAACUGCUGGAUUUGCCUCCCACUAAAGGGCCUGGACACUGGACAUUGCCAGUUUCCCGCUCUCUGCCCCCUCCUUUGCCGGAUAGAACCUUCGUGAAACCAGAAAAGGAAGAAUUGAAGGGAAAUAUCAAUGUGGUAUUAGUGAACCUGGGAAAGCUGGUGGACAUCAAGAACGUGAAGCCACAGAAGCCUGCUCCAGUAUACUGUCAGAACUGUUCAGCAGCUAUGUCCACUCUCAGUAAAGUAGAGAAUUUGCAUGCUGUGAUGUGGACGUGUGAAUUCUGCAACAACAAGAAUGUUCAGGAUUAUCGCUCAAAUGAACCAAGCUUCGGAGAUGAUCAGAUUUACGUUCACAUCCCUAACCCUAUGACCUCUGAGGAUAUUGACGAUUCCCUGGUCGUGUUCUGUGUUGAUAUCUCUGGCAGCAUGAGUGUGACAUUUGAGAUGACUAGAAGCAGCAAAUUGCUCUAUAUGACUCGCUUGCAGGCUGUACAAGAGGCUAUAAUUCAGACACUCGAUUAUCUUUUUGAAACAUCGCCUCGGACAAGAGUCGCUUUGGUUACCUUCAACAAUGAGGUAACAAUCUAUGGAGACGGACUGGCUCCCCCACGGACUCUGCGUGACUUUGAGUUAAUAGAUCAAAAUUACCUGAAAAAGCAGGGUGUCGAGGCAGCACAGCCACAUUGUAUUUUGGAGAGCAGAGAUGCGCUAUAUCGCCACAUACAUCAGUUGCAAGAGUGUGGUGCUACAGCACUGGGUCCAGCAGCACUGGUAUCCAUAGCAAUGGCUUCCCAGAAACAAGGCUCCAAGGUUAUAAUCAGUACGGAUGGUCGAGCUAACACCAUCCUAGGAAAUCUGGAGGAUAUCAAAGAUGAUAAGAUUUAUCAAUCCUCAAAGCUUUUCUACAGUCACCUUGCUGAAUAUGCAAUGAUGCAGGGGGUGAUCGUCUCUGUACUGACUGUUGAAGGCACCGACUGCAGAUUACCAGAACUUGGACAGCUGGCAGAUAAAACCGGAGGAAAGGUGAACAUCACCAACCCAGCCAAUUUAUACAAUGAAUUUCAGCUAAUUUUAGAAGAUGAUGUAAUUGCUACAAAUGUCACCACGACCUUCAUUGUUGAUGACAGCCUGUACUUCAAAUAUGAAGAUGACAUGUGCAGUAAAAAUGUGAAACACGUUGGAAACGUGGUCAGAGACAUGGAGAUCACCUUUGAGUUUGGAAUAAAAGAUUCAAAGCUUAAGAAAAUUCAAGAGAAGACAGCUCUUCCCUUUCAACUUCAAAUUGGCUUCAGGCUCCCUGAUGGUCAAUGUGCCUACAGAAUUAUCACCCAGGAGAAGCCAACAACGAAACACAGUGCCAUUGUUAAGGACCAUGUAAACCUCGGUGUUCUACAGAUUCACGCUGCACAGAUUAGUGCUCGGUUGGCAUUGGAGGGUAGAAUGCAAGAUGCCCAGAAGGAGGCCCUGGCUCAGAAGAAACUCAUAGAAGAAAUACUAGCCAGAAAGAAGGAUUUGGAGCAAGGAGCGAUUUACGAGAGUUGGAUGCAAUCCAUGUCCCCUAUUUAUAGUGCCCUCGAUUGGAAAGUUCAGGAUGCAGUAACAGCACAACCUUUUUAUGAGGCACUAAGUUCCAAGCGCGACAGAGAAUCUGUUGUUAAG